CAAAAUGGAGGAGGUAGACAAUAUCAUUUUGCAUUCUCUCCGCUCAAUUGGCUGUGAGAUUGAAGAUGAUGUUCAAAGCUUAAAACAAUUUUCAACAGAAGUGAUUGUGGCAUGUGCUGUGCGAUGUCUGAAAACUAUUCUCCAAGAUGUGGAUCUUCCAAACUACCUUCCACAAGCCAUGUCUGCCAAGUUCAGAAUGGGCACUACUCUUGCCUCGCAUCUCCAGGAUCUUGGUUAUCGAGGGGACCUUGGUUACCAGACAUUUUUGUACUCCAACGAAGCAGACAUUCGGAAAAUCUUCAUGUUUCUUGUGGACAAACUGCCCAAAGAAGCAGUGGAAGCAACUGAAGAGACGUUAGGGUCUGGUGUGUUACUCCAAAGAAGUAUAUCAGGGAUGUUGGCUCGACAGCUGUCUUCCCCAUGGGUGCCUCCAUACUUAAAGCAGCGCGGCGUCACCUGGCGGGGAAAACCUCCCAUGUGGCAGCGAGAGGGCACAUGUUGCAUGCAUCAUUAUCAUGCAGUUUAUAUAGAUGUCCCAGAAGGAUCAGCAGACCUGACCAAGAAAAUACCAAAAGCCAUUAAGUCUUACCAACAAAACAGUCUUCCAUUUAUUACGUGCCAACCUCUGCACCAUGGUGAUACCGUGCCAUCUGUGCUGGAAGCUAACACAAUGGAUGUCACUGCCCAGCAUGAGUGGGAGGCAGAGUGGAACAGCGCUGGCCUCGCUUCGCGUCUUACACAACAGGAAUACAGAGAAAGAAAGCGCCAGAGGAUACACAAGAAGAUCACGGACCAGUUACGACAGGACCGACAGCGGAGUGGUGCUGGGGCAGAGAGUGGAUUGUCCAACGAUCUUCAGCAGGUCAUAGCCUCCAUCAGCGGCCGGGGAUCGUCACAGGCAAAAACAAAGGGCUCGCGGUUUACACACACUGAAAAACUUUUGUUUGCAAAGGAUGAUGACAAGGCCAUGUCGGAAGUGCAGGUCCAGGCUCCAGCUGGCAAAACUGAGGAGGAGAAACAACAAGAACGUGAAGAUGAAGUGGGAAGACUACGAGAAGAAUUGAACUCCCUGUCUGCAGGGCUUGAGAAACUCGAGCUUGAGGUGCGUAAAUUUGCCGCAAGCAAGCAACAGAUGGAUGAGGAGAUUGCGAACCAGGCACGCUCCAACACGGAUAAGGAGGAGGGUUACAAAGUGAAGAAACGCACCCUGGACCUGCUGCCAGAUGCAGAGAACAAUAUAGCUAAAUUACAGACUGUAGUAGAUUCCAGUGCUCAGCGGUUAGUAACUCUUGCCAGCCAGUGGGAGAAACACAGAGGUCCGCUGAUAGAGGAUUACAGAAACCUCAAAGAUAUGGCCUCCAAAACAGAGUCUGAAGCCCAGCGUAAAUUAGAAGAAAUUAAGGAGUUCAGGCGGAAACUAAAGCUUGUGCAGGAGGAGGCUCGAGGAAAGGAUGAGCUCACUAAACAACUGGGUUCUGAGUUUGAGAGAAUGACCAAAGAUGUGAAUAGAUCAGCGUACACCAAGCGGAUCAUGGAAAUUGUGGCCAAUAUCAAAAAACAAAAGAUGGAGAUUGAUAAGGUGCUAGUGGACACCCGGUCAGUACAGAAGGAGAUCAACCAGCUAUCUGGGAAACUGGACCGCCAGUUCACUGUCACUGAUGAGCUGAUUUUCAGGGAUGCCAAGAAGGAUGAGUCGGUCAAAAAGUCCUACAGGUGCUUGGCUGCUUUGCAUGAGAACUGUGAGCUGCUGAUCAAGACGGUGGAAGAGACUGGGGUCAUCAUGCGGGAAAUCAGGGAGCUCGAGGACCAGAUUGAGACCGAGGGGAGUAAGAAGGUGCUGGCAAAUCUGGAGAAGAUCACGGCCGACUACCAGCAGAUGAAGAAAGAAAACGACACACUGUUGAAAAAGAAGAAAGCCAAGUCUUAACAUUAGCUCUGAUUUAGAUUCUUUGUCAAUGAAAUGAAUGUCACAAAAGAAAUUUCAAAUUCAAUUAUUUUAUGAAUCAAUUACUAUACAUAAUCAAAGAAGUAACAUGGGUAGUUCCACAGGAGUUUGAUAUAAUGAAGACUGUUAAAAGAAUGGGAGAUAUAUUAAAACUAAAAUGUGCCAUUUCACAAACCCUCUUUUCUACUUGUAUAUUGUUUUGUUGUUUUUAAACAAAAAGGUUGUAAUCUUUUCUUAUUACAUUGUUAAAGACAGUUAAAACAUACUCAUGCUAUUUUUACUGUGAACAAAUUGUUACGAUCUUCAACGGCCCACUGCCUCCCUGGGUUGAAUAAAGAUAAUUCAGGAAAUUAUUUUUUAAAUAUUCCUAUGGCGUAUGUGCUUGCAGUGAUCAUGGCUGCACAGGAAUGAUGCUAAUCCAGUAGCUCGAAGCGAAUAUCCUAUGAUUGAUACAACAUUAAUAAUUAUAUAUACUUUUUGUAUAAUUCUGUAUUAAGAGACAUACUUAUGAUAACAAUGAUAACGUUAUUAUCAAUCUGUGGUGAUAAAUGGUGAAAUAAUGAUGAGGUUUAAUUAUUUUGGUCCUAUUAUGAAUUUUGAAGCACCGAGAAUAAAACAGAUAAAUUUAUACAAAUACAUAAUUGGGCCAAAUAAACGGCAGGUUUUAUCACAAGAUUUAAGACAACUGUAUCAACUGUACUUGCUUUAUUUAAAUAUAUGAGCCCUUCAACAUAUAUUUCACGUUUAAACGUUAACAACGAUCAUGUUAAUCAUGUUGUUAACUUUUACAAAUUUCCAGCAAUUUGCCCAUUGUGUUCCAAAGUUUCAAGACAUACUAAUUAGUAUAUUUGAGUACUUUGUUUGUGGGUGAAUGUUACUAAUAGACACAAUUGUUAUGUUUGAUUUUAUACACAAGUUGAAAUUAAAUGUUCCCUUAUGUCUUGCUUUGAUUAAAUUAUCCAGCCCAUAUUGUUCAAAAAGAUUUCAAGGAGACUGAGGUACUUUCACUUUACUUUAUAUUUAUACAUGCAUGUAUACUUGUGUUAGGUUGUCUGUCAAUUUGCAUGGCUUAAUGUAUGUUUGUUGAAAUACUGUUUAGUAUUUACUAAUGCAAUAGUAAAGAUAAAUUAUUUUCAUACUCAUGUAUUCAUUAGAUAUCUAAUAAAUUUUAAAAUAUU